CACGUGUGGAUGGAAACCAUCUCGAUUUGCCCGUUCAAGAUGGACCCUCUCAUCUUUGUCAUCCACCCAUGAUGCCAUGAUAUUGCCAAGGGCGCGGACUCUGGUUGUGCUCCGAAGUCUCCCAUGACUACUUGGUUAUUUCGACCGUCAGAGAGGGACAGUGGCUGUGGAAUCCCAGUUCAGGAACGUGGUACUCUGGACAAGAGACAUCCUAAUUUGCUGUUCCUUGGCGAUGCAGCUGGAAAGUGAUAAAAGGAUCAGAAUCCGCAACCUUGUCGUUGGAAAAUCUAGCUCUCUCGAACAUUGUCUUUCGUUUAUGAUCCGGUCCGGAUCAACAUUCACAUCACGAUGAAGCUCUCUUGGAUCUCUCGGGUUGCUAUAUUUUCGUCAUGCGUUGUGGCCCAAACAUUUCAGCGCUUGGGGGGCUGUCCCUCUCUGGGUUGCAUUUUUCCUCCGGACCAAGCCGAUUUCCUGGCAGGACAGUAUUUCGAUGUUCGCCUAGAGGUUCACUCUCCCAUCAACGGCUCUGAAGCACGAGUUGGGUUGCCCGAUCCUAACUUCAAGUUCACUGUCGCCAAAAAGGGCGAUGCACCUGUUGCUGCGGCGGAGUUCUUUGAUGUCGCAGAACCUGAACUUGAACGAUGGGACUUUUCGUGGUAUGAAGAUCUGUUCGCUGUCGAUGCAGAAAAGCCAUCAGUCGUGAAUGUGACAUCCAAGGCGUAUAGGAGAAUUGCUCUCUACGAAUCGGGCGAGUAUGAAGCCACGUUGACCUAUUACGGCAACGAAACCACGAUUGCAAACUGGGUUGUCCGGGACCUGCCCGAGAAGAGACGAGCGAAAAAUGUCAUCCUGUUCGUGGGGGAUGGCAUGACGACCAAUAUGAUCACGGCUGCUCGGCUUAUCGCUCAUCGCAGUGUUAAUGGAAAGUACAUGACCAAGAUGCAGAUGGACAAGUUCCCUGUGCUGGGUCACCAGAUGACUCACUCGAUGGACUCGUUUAUCACUGACUCGGCCAAUUCUGCGACUGCUUUAUACACGGGUCACAAGACUACUGUUAAUGCUUUGAAUGUCUACAAGGACUCGUCUGAAAGCCCGUUUGACGAUCCCAAAUUCGAGACCAUUGCUGAGAUCUUUCGUCGGAAGUACCCGGAUGCUGGGCUCGGUAUCGUCUCUACUGCAUUUCUAGCCGAUGCUACCCCGGCUGCAUUGGCAGCGCACACUAGUGAUCGUGGUCAAUAUGCGCAUGUGAUAGAUGCUUUAUACCAAGGCCUGACCAAUUAUAGCUGGACUGGCCUGAAUGGCCCUGAUGUUAUCUUUGGCGGUGGUGCAGAGAACUUUAUCACAAGUCAAGACUCUCCGAAGGACUACUACAACCUCUUCGCAGACAAUGGAUACAGUGUCAGCUGGAACAAUACUGCCCUGAGCUCUGCUCCUAAUGACACCAAAGCCCUCGGUGUUUUCCAGGUCGAUACAUUGGCGACAUGGCUCGACCGCAAUGUUUACACCUCCAACCUCUUCAACCAGAGCAACUACCCUGAUGGAUCAGGCCGCGAUGCAGACGACCUACCCGGGCUCAAGGAGAUGACACUCAAGGCCAUCGAUGUGCUGAACGCCCGCCACGAGGAUAAUGGCUGGUUCCUCAUGUCUGAAGCCGCUAGUAUCGACAAGCAGAUGCACACUCUCGACUAUGACCGUGCGCUGGGCGAGCUUCUCGAGCUGGACGACACAGUACGUGCCACCAUCCAAAAGCUCGAAGCCCUAGGCCAGCUAGAAGACACUCUAAUCAUUGUCACCGCCGACCACGGACACGGCUUUGACGUUACCGGAUCAGUCGACACCAAGUACCUAAACGAACAGACCACAGAUCGCGAGAAGCGAAACGCCGUCGGAUACUACGAGAACUCCGGCCUCUCGCAGUACACCGUCGGCGGACCAGGCUCGUUACGGUACUCUGAAGGCGUGCAUUUCCCAUCCCGCUGGGAUCCGCGGUACACGCUACACUCCGGGGUGGGUGCCUUCCCGGACCGCCGCGAGAACUACCAAGUGCACAAGGAAGGGGAGCGGAAGCCUGCGGUUCCAGGUGAUGCAGGUGGCUAUGUGGCGAACUAUAAAGACGCCGUCACUGGGUUCCUUAUCAACGGAACUCUGCCUGUGGAUAGUAGCCAGGGUGUGCACUCGCUGACGGAUGUGCCUGUGUUUGCGCAGGGGCCGUGCCAGGAGCUGUUUGGGGGCGUAUACAACUCGAUUGACAUUUUCUUCAAUAUGGCUGAAUGUCUUGGUCUUUCUGAUUCCAAGGGACGAGACAGGGUGAUGUGAAGGAAGUGUAAAUAAUAGUGAGCAUUAAAUCGGUUAAUGAUUGGCCCAGCCGAUAAUUAGGCAGGUGAUUGGGAUCCAUGAUGAUGACAUCCACAUUCCAAACAACGGCGUUUAUCAGCGGGUAUAAAUUCUUCAGAUUGGAGUGGAAUGGGCAAUAAGAUUUUGUCUACAAUUCUACAGAGUACAUAGUAUUUAUUUAAAAUAUUAACAUACUGGGUACUCUGCUCUGUGCCUGGUCAAUCAACAUAUUCAACAGCAUUCACAGGAGAUAUUCACUGUUGAUAGUCGAUCAUCCGCGACCCGAGAUGUCAGCAUUCCAGAGCAACGAAAUGACAUCAAAAAGGAAUGUCCCAG